AUGUCCACCUCGCAACUCCGCUUCCGACGGAAAAUAGGCAACGCGCUCUACGGCGAAGUCAUGGAGUGCGAGCUCCGGCAGUCCAACCAGCACCAAGCGCACGUCCCACUUCUCCCUCCUGGCCGGCGAUGCAUCGUCGCCGUCAAAUGCAUGUCACUGCCAUGCGCGCGCGACGCCCAGCAUAGGUUUGGCGUUCAUCGCACUAUUGACGAUCCGCACCAAGAACGCCGAGUCGCUGAACUGCUGGCGAAGAGCGGAGGUCACCCCAACGUCGUCGCGUCCUACUUCCACUUCCAAGAGCACGAGUGUGUCUACAUGGUAAGCGAGUACUGCGCCGACGGAGAUCUGUACACCUACACCACCUCUCCAGCUCAAGGCGGCUCCGUAGACGAGCACACGUCCAUCCGCAUCAUGAAGCAGAUCUUCGCUGGCGUGGACUUCCUGAAUCACCAGCUCGGUAUCGCACACCGCGAUCUGUCGCUCGAGAACGUGCCGAUGCACAAUGGAGUGUGCAAAAUCUCCGACAUCGGGCUAUCUGUGAGUGUUAACGCUCGCUGUAGAGGUCGUGUGGGGAAGGACUACUACAUGGCCCCGGAGGUGGUCGAAGGGGAGCAGUACGACCCAGUGGUAGCCGAUAUCUGGUCACUCGGUAUCAUGUGGUUCAUCAUGCUGACGGGGUCGCCUCUGGUCUCGAUCGCGUCGCGGGAAAACAAGGCGUUCGUAGCGCUCGAGCAGUGCGGGGUUGAGGACGUCUUCACGUCGUGGUAG